GACGCGGAGAGCGUGGCUUCGGGGACGGAGGGUGCGCAGCAGACGGCGCGGGAGAGGGCGCCUCGGCCUCGGAGGCAGCGGGGUCGGGACCGCUGCGACCGUCCGCUGGCCUCUCGCCGCCCGGAGACGACCCCGGCCUCUCGUGCGACUCGUCGCGGAAAACGGACGCACGCUCCAGUCGCUACAUCGAGCCCCAGAAGAACCCCGUCGGAAUCGCGGUCCGCGCCUCGCGCCAUCUUGCCCAUUGGCCGCGGAGGCCCCCGAAGCAGCUGCUGCGCGUGCGCCGCGCGACGACCUCGGGCUGCGGGACGCCGGGAGCGGAAGUGCUCCGCUGACCCGAGGGCGGGGCGAGGUCGCGCCGGAUGUCGUCAUCCGCCCGGGCGGUCGGGUUCUGGGAGCCACGUACCAGGAGGCGGAGCGGGCACAGGCUGCGGGGGAGGCGGGGGGGGCGGAUGGAUUCGCGCCCUUGCGAACUCGGGUCCCUGGGCUGAGUGUGGGCGGCGGGCCGCGGGCGACAGCCAGUGACACUGUCAUCGAGUCGUCGGGUCAGAUUCAGCGGCCGUUUGCUGAGCGUCCGCUAUGUGCGAGGCGUCCCUGGGGUGCACGGGCCAGGGCGCAUCCCUGCGACCACUGCUCCCCUACCGCGGCCCCCGCUUAGCCGCGCCUGGGCUUCCUAGUCUGCUGAAGCGCCGGACCGAGGCCUCAGAGGGAAUAGUUUUACCAGUUGAAAAUGCAAGUACACAAAAUGAGAAGACUGAAGUCACCAGAGAAAACCGGUGUCAACAUUUUCAUCAGGGCUCACGUCCACCGCUGUGUCCCAGGGCGUUCACAUUACUGAACACGUGAGGUUGUCCUGUACCCGGCUUUUUCAUAGCCACUUUACGUGCGGUACCAAAUGAAACAAAAUCCCACUGCAUCUUGGAAGCCCACCCACACAGGUCAUGUCCAAGGCCCACACCAGCUGCUCCUUGUCGGAAGGGACUGGGUUAGAGCUCCCAGGCGUGUUUGCACAUCAUUCUCCCCAGGGGGCAAGGCUGAUUGCCCCCAAGAUCGUGGGGACAGUCCCCUGGCUGAAUGCACUGAUCCUCGUGCCCCUAAUUCUGUGUGCCUAGAUCUCCACCCUUUGUGCCGCACACACGGGAUGGCCGUGUUCAGGUGAGCUCCUCAUUGACCCCUACUUCGUGUGCGGUGAACUCGAGGCAGCUUUGGGGCACCUACAUUUUCCCCUUGGCAGUUCGGUCACCCCCCUCUGCUGCGGCUGUUUCCUGUGCACGCUGUCAUCCUCCUCCGCGUUCUCCAGUCCUUCCCCUCGCCACAACCAAUAAAAAUUAAAAAGAAAAAAACAAGAAAAGAGAGCAAGAAAGCAGUGUUCUCAUCUACUUCUUUCGGGAAAUGCACCCCCUCCGUGUUCUCUGACUUCUCAGAGAAGCUUGUUGAAGUUCAGAGUCUCCUCGUGUUUUUCUGUUGUUUCACGGCCACGGCACUGUUUGCUUUUUCGUUCCAUUCAGACUCAUGAAGUCCACGCUUGACCUUCUGUGCAUUAAAGAAUAGUUAAAACAUCA